AUGGCGACUCAAAAGAAGGGAGAAUUAGAGCCUGUUACUGGUGACCUUGCAAGAGGGCAAUUUGACUUUUCCAAGAAACACAAGAAGGGACGGUGGGGCCCCUGCCUCCACGAACCGACUCUGGAGAGAAAGAAAAUGAGAAAAAAAAUUCUAGAGGACAAACAAAGCAUCGAAACAAGUUUCAAUCACAGAGCACCACCAUUGAUGCAAGGCAUUAAAUGGCGUGGGCAAAAAAUGACAGUGGAGAUCGAAAGAGGAAGCCAAAGCAGAAGACGAUCGAACGGUCGAGACGAAGCAAAAGGCCAAAACAGUGCAACUUGA